GAUACGUUUAGUAUUGCUAACUCGUGCGGAUCUUUUGUAAAGGUCUCAACUGAAAAUAUUUGGGGAUACUCUUCCCAUCACAACUUACUAAGGAAAGGAUGCUGAUGUCCAAUAAUAUGAUUCUGAUACAAAGGUUUGCUACAUCGGGACGAUUGAAUUUAUUUGUGAACCAGGCUGCACGAUGGAAAUUUAGCGGUGUAUGACACGAGCGAAAAGGAUUAUUAUUGUUAGGGGAACUUCAUGGUGUGCUUACUAAUCAUUUUUACUUUUAUUUGACAGUGGUGGCAUAACCUAGCAAUGAAUUCUACAUGACAAUGUGCAUCUAAGUUUAAAACAAUAAAAAGGAGAACAGGAAUGUUUUCCAGUGUGAUGUAGUCUCCAAUCUUUUUAUAGUCUACGUGUGCUAUGUAGUUUAUGAACUUUGCUUGAAAUCAUUUCUUCGUUUCGUUGGCUAUUAUAUUGGCUCCUGAACGUGUCCCACUAUUCAGUAUGUCCAUCUGUCAGGUUAGCUCGACGAGCCAGAAGAAUGGUUUCAUGGUGUGUAUCUCUCAGAUUAUAGUAGUUUUUCAACUGUUGUGGGUUUUUAUGUCAGCUUUAGAGAUCUCCCCUCAGUUUGCAGACCGUUAUGUGGUCGUGGGUGACCCUCUUUGGUGGACGUGUAGUGUAAAGCCAGAAGAUUCGGUGGACGUCACAUCGCUGUCGUUUGUGUGGAGGAAACAGGACGCAGAGCUCCAGUCGGGAGGUGACCUCGUGAACUACAACAAUGGAACUAUUUACUUUAAACAGGUCAAAGAUUCUGAUCUCGGGGUGUACACAUGCAAAGUUACAGCCACGACGCAGACAAACAAUCUGGCUGAGAAAGAAGCGCGCUUGCUCCAGGCAUACGCGUCCGACUCCAUCUCUUUACGGGCAGCUGACCAGACCGUGUUCCUCGGGGGUACCGCCAUCUUGGAAUGCUCGUUCCCAGCACAACCGCCGGCCACAGUCACGUGGCAGAGAAACAAUCGGACUCUUUCCAGCUCCAGUAAGGUCAAGUUCACCACGGCGUUCUCUGAUCUUAGUAUGCUGCGGUUGAUUAGCGUGACGUACGCUGAAGACGGCGAGUAUACCUGCACAGCAGAUCACAUGACAUUGGCCAGCCCCGUUCGGUCAGACAGCGUACGUAUCCAGGUGUACGGGAAACCAGAGAUUUACGAACCGCCCAAGUCACAACGAGUACCCAUAGGCUAUAACGUGACGUUCUCAUGCGAGUCCCGGAGUUUUCCGCCAUCAACGGUGAGUUGGACUUUUGAACCAUCAGACAGAAGCGCGUCACCAGACUUGACCUCCAACCCUUCCGUGACGUCAUCAAUUUCGGUACACCAGCAGACCGGGAUGAUGACCAUCGAGAGAGCAUCUGUCUUGGAUUCAGGCGCCUAUAUGUGUAACUGGACAAACGAGCACGGCUCAGAGAGCGCUGAAGCUAGUCUGACCGUUGAAGGAGCGCCGCUUGCGCCGGAGAUACUCGUGGCACCAAUGAACAAUGAGUUGAGGGAGGGGGAAUCAUUACAACUUAAAUGUCAGGGACGGGGUAAUCCAGAACCUUCUAUCAUCUGGGUCUUCCCUAGUGGUCUCGUCUUUGAAUCUCUCAACGGUGAAAUUUCUGGCGGGGUAUCAGAUGUUGACAAAUGGACAGUUGACGAGAAUGGGACUCUACACAUACCACAAGUGACACGCUCGGACGGGGGGUUGUAUUCUUGCCGUUUGUCGAAUAAAGAAGGAGAAGACACAGCAAGCGCUUUUGUUGACGUGCACUUUGAACCUGCUUUCUCUGCUGCACCACAGAAUGUAGCGGUAGACAUCGAUGCGGAGUUCUCUUUGCCAUGCUCCGCAGUUGGGAACCCUGAACCGAUAAUAACAUGGUCGGUUCCAGAAGAUUCCUCCGCCGAGUUGAGUGACCCAGAGUUCGACGUGGACGACGGAACUUUGAAGGUGUCACGUGCUCAAAGAAAACAUCACGGGAAGUUCACAUGUGUGGCUUCAAACACCGUGAGUACGGUAGAGUCCGCUGCGUUCGUCUCUGUGAUUGGUCCGCCCGAGAUGACGAAGCUGCCGAAGAGUCAAGUGGUCGUAGAGGGCGACAGUCUGAGGUUGGACUGUGAAGUAAAUUCUUUCCCCGACGCCACGGUUGAUUGGUUCUAUUUACACAUGGUCGAUCUCUCUUUGCAGUCUACUAAUAUUGUGUAUAUUAAAUCUUCCUUAUUGGUGGCUGAGGAAAGCAUAUUUGAAGAUGAAUGGUCACAAAUUUCAGUCGAAGAAAAUUCUAGAUACAGUCUUGUGAACGGGAAUUCCUUGUCUAUAUCGAACGCUGAACAAAGUGACGCCGGGAUUUACGUUUGUAAAGCCAGCAACUCAGAGGGUUGGCGGUUUGAGCCUGCAGUAUUACGUGUGCUGACUUUUCCUGUGUUUGAAGUCCAGCCUGUCACUCAACAAGUUCAGAAAGGCCAACUUGCCGUGUUGAACUGUUACACCAAUGGCGUUCCAGUACCUUCUCAGCGGUGGCUCUUCAACCAGGGUAAGAUUUACACCAACAACAGAAUUCGUGACCACAAUAACGGCUCUCUGACUAUCGAAGACUUCACGCCCCAAGACGUUGGUCUGUACACGUGUUUGGCUACCAAUCAAGCCGGGCAGAGGUCAGUGUCGGCGAGACUAAACCUCUCCCUCAUCCCCGUCCUUGUGACCCCGCCAAGCAACACUACGGCUGCUGCUGGUUCACCAAUUACAUUCUCCUGUAAAGGGGAUGGAACCACCUCAUUCGAAGUUUCCUGGUGGUCGUCAAACCCCCAAGGCGAGAUGACAACUUUACUAGCUCAUACGACGUACCCAGAUCCGCCCAGCAAUGGAGAUCAUACUAAAGAAGACCCCCAGUCUGCUGACUCAAGAUUUUUUUGGGAUGAAAACGGGGACGUGGUGAUCUCAUGUGCUGAGCCAAAUGACGUGGGAUGGUAUAUGUGUUCUCUACAAAACGACGCAGGUUCUGUAGUUUCCAGUCCAGUGUACCUCUCUGUAAACGAUAUUCCUACAGUUCAAGACCUGACCUCUUCACCUCAGACACCAAGGGAAUCCGCGACUUUCACCCUCGUCUGUUUGGCAGCGGGACCUCCUCAGCUUGAUGUGACUUGGAUCGAUCCAUCAGGAAAGGAGAUCACCCAAGAAACCGACGCUGAAGUGGGUUUGACGCUAACCAAUGAUGCACAAAGCUCAGGGGAAGUGCGCUCAUCCUUGACGGGAACGGUGAACUCUCAGCUUCACGCUGGUGAGUGGGGCUGCAAACCAUGCAAUGCUAUCGGUUGUUCCCUGAAGAAAACAAGCCUGACUGUUCAAGGAAAACCAACUGUGGUGAAGGUUCUCUCAUCUGAGUCCCAAAGAGAGAUCGAGAUCAAGUGUGUAGUUUUCACCUCACCAGAAGCACUAGUAUCCUAUUACAUGGGAAAUAACGUCAUACAAACACCGACGAUAGGCCACUCAGUGCGCGAUAGUGCGCUGUAUAUUGAGAAAAGACUGUUACAAGAGACCUACUCGUGCACAGCGUCAAAUCAGGACGGUUCCGUCAGCUUGUCCUUUGACCUUCCCUCUGAAGUCACGAUUGGCACGAUUCUCCCCUCUCCGACUAGUGUGCAGGUAGAGGUUCACAACAAACAUAACGUCACUUCUCUGGCUCUGAUAGGCGUCGGCGUUGAAUUUAGAAAGAGAAACUCGUCUUCUCCGUGGCUUGUUCUCGACUUUCCUUUAAACAAUGACGUAGAUGUUUAUCUAGACUCUCAUAAGGGUAUUUUUGAUGACAGUGAUAAUCUUUGUGCUAAAUCAGCGGAAGGUACCACCAGCGCUAGAACAGCAAGGGCUGCUAGUGAAAGCAACUCGGACGUUUUAGAGGACGUGGCUGUCGCGUCAACGGGCAAAGAGCUGAAGUACCGGAUUAAGCUAGAGGCACAUCAGUUAAAACCGUUCACAGACUACGAGGUGAGAGCCAGAGUGCGGAAUGUUCUCGGAUACAGCGACUACUCCCCAGUCUCGUCCGUAAAGACCCAGCCCGGAGCCCCGUCACCGGUCACAGAUUUGCGAGUUGAGGUCAUAAAUAGAACAGCGUCUAUCACAUGGAGCGUCCCGGAAGAACUCGGUGGUGAUCCUAUGGACGUGAUGGUCACUGUGACUCUCCUGGAUACGGAUAACAACUUGCUCGAAGAAGCUUUUGUCGGAUCGAACUCUGAUCCUCAGGCAGAAUUUCGUGAUUUGGACGUGGGCCUGCACACUGUUCAAGCUUUUUCCGUCAACACCAAGAACAAGGAGAAAAGUAGCGCCAUGACAUCGGCGUUCACAGUAGAGAUGCAGACUCCGACUUUUGUACCCCAAUUAAAGACCAUUUCCGCCGUGGAUGCACACACCUUCAACAUCACGUGGUCUGUACCAGAGGAAGGAGACAGUCAGGCGUCUCCGGUCACGGGGUAUGUUCUAGAAGUCUCCAGCGCGGACAAACCGACAGGAGAAGCCCAAAGUUAUAAGAGCGUGCACUCGGUGCCAGGGGCGACAACUUCUUUCUGGGUCGUGACACAGCUGAAAGAGAGUACCACGUACUUGGUCAAAGUGGCGAGUAAGAACGAUGGAGGCAGUGGUCCUUUCUCUCAAGCAAUGUCUGUUUCGACGCCUUACGAUGAUUUCAGCGAGCUGGCGUUUAAGGACUCGGGCGUUGGGUCGCUAUCCUGGAGAUUGUUCGCGGUGAUCAUGAUCAUUGUCUGCUCUGCGCUGAUAAUUCUCAUCACGGCUAUCGUCCUCACAUACCAGAUCAAACUGGCAAAGAGUAAAAGCGUUGAUCUGAAUCCAGAACGAGACUUGCGUUUAGAUCAGCAUGAAGAGGAGGAGGGGGGUGAAAACAGUUCUGCAGGCAGUGACAGGGGACUGGAAGGAGUGGAAAACAGCAAUUUCACAUUAUACUGAUAAGGGACGUGCUGGUUCGCUAACGGCCAGAAAAAGCAGCUCACUGAUUGGCUGAAGUGAGAAUCAACGAUAGACUGAUUGGCUGAUGUGAGAAUCAACGAUAGACUGAUUGGCUGAUGUGAGAAUCAGUGAUACACUGGUGUGA